AUGGCCAACAAUGAAUUUAUUCAAAAACAACAAAAUAAAUUGUAUUAUACAGAAACGAUAGAAAAUAACAAUAAAAUACAGAUAACUAAUCAAAGAUACCAACCAAUUCCGCUGCAACGACAAGUGCAGUAUCAAUUCUUACCUCAACAAUCGGGGGUUAACAACACAAAUACUUAUCUGCCAUAUAUUCCACAACAACAGCAACAACAGCAACAACAGCAACAACAGCAACAACAGCAACAACAGCAACAACAACAACAACAGCAACAUAUGUUCCACUUACCUCAACCAUCAAUCCACUCAUUUGAUCAAAAUUUUAUUGAUUUAAGAACUAAGCCGGCAUUUGCACCCCCAGGAGCAGACCAAUACAUUCCAAUUAGUAUGAAUAAUACUACUAAUAGCGGCAUUGAUGCCUUUCAAACGAAUACAUCAUUAAAUGAUAAAAAAAAUCUUUCAAAUUUUCAUAGCCUGAUUGACUAUAGAAAUUCUCAGUUUUAUAAAACACAAAAACAAGAACCAGAAGACGUUUCAUCCAUAAAAAAGACUACUUAUGCAGAUGCUACCACUGGUAGGAUUAACAUAUUUCCUAUGCAUUCAAGUAAUAAUAAUGCCAACCUGCUGCCGCCACAGCAACAGUCAUCUAUCCUUGCAGGGACGUUAAACGGGAAUCCUACUUCCAGUACUACUGGUAAGACAACGGACCUUUCUACUUACCAUAAUACUAUAAAUAAUAAUAAUAAUAAUAAUAAUAAUAAUCAUAGUCUACUUUAUAGACCACUACCACCAUCUUCUACUUCUAUGAAUACCGGAAACAAUAGUAAUCCAGGCAUAUGUCAACAACAGCAGCAACAACAACAGCAACAACAACAACAGCAAAAGCAUUAUCACACAAAUCAGAUAUCUAGUUUGUUAACUAACAACAUUAGUUCUAGUCCCCUUCAAAAUGUUUCUACACUUAGUUCAAAGUCUUCUGAUAUCAGUGCUACCAGUAAUUUUUUGAAUAAUAACAAUGUCAAUACUACUAUUACUAAUGAUAAAACUACUAAUGCAGAUAAUAAAGAUAAAACUAUUACCAAUACUAGUUCUACCGAUAAUACUACUGAUAAUGUCAAUACUAAUACUAAUAAUACCAACACUAAUACUACUACUAAUAAUAAUAACAGUGGUGACAGCAAUAAUAUUAACGAAAAUAAAUCUAUAAAUGGGUUAAUGAAACAUAUAUCCAUAAGUACUAGUCGCAAUGAUUCGCUUCCAUUAACUAACAAUUCAAAGAAUUUGUGGAAAAGAUCUGAAGAUCUAUCACUAAUUAAAACUGUGUUGGAUUGUAUAACAGAAAGUGAAAACAAUGCGGAUACCAUUGAAAUAAAAGAGGACCAAAAAACGGGUAGGACAAAAACUAAGAAGAUUACCAAAAAGGGGAAAAGAAAAUGGACUUAUAUUAGCAAGAUGUUGAAUAAGAAUUAUAAGGUUUCUAGGAAUAAUAGACAAUGUAGAGAUAGAUUUAAUAUUUUGUAUACUAGGGCGGUUAGGAAGUAUUCUAAAAACGAACAAUCCGUUGACGAAUUAGAUUGGUUAUUGAGAAAGUGUAUCACUUUAGAUUUGGUCCAUGAUGAUGAAGACGACUUAGCAGAUAUAGGUGAGGCUCGUAGUGGUGCUAUGAAUACUAGUCUUAGUACUAGUAGUACUAACACUACUUUUACAACUAAAGUAAGAGGAUAUAGUGUGAGUAGCGCCGGAAGUAAUAAUAGUAGUAGUCCUAACGAAACCAAGGUUGUAACGGAUCUAAAAAAUAAUAUGAUAGAUUUGAAUCAAACUAUUAACAAUUUAAUGCAGCAAAUACAUAUUUUAAGAUCGGAAAAUGAUCGUUUAACAAAUAUAAUGAAGGAACAAAAUGAAGAGAUCCAAAAUUUGAAACACCGUUGGAAUAAAUAA